GAUGCCCGCGCUUCGCCUUCCCCUGUCUUCCUUACCUUCCGCACCCUUUUCCGCUCUUGACUAGGGCCGCGUUACGCACGUUGCCCCACGCUUCCCCCGCUUUUUAACGGCAAGCCAUCGCGCUGCGGAGCUGGGAAGUUUUACUUGCUGCAGUGUCCACCAUAUUCUUUCUUUGUCAGCUAUAGCUGCAAUACCGCAGUUGGGCAGGCCGGUGGGUCUGCGCCUGGAGUAGGUGUGCAGCUGCCUGGUGAACUCUUUACCAGCUCUUAAAUUGUGUCGCUUGGACAAAGGCUCCUCACCACAACAAUUGCCUCACCGGUUCUGCUUACAUUUACAAAGCUUUAGGCGAGGUCAGACCGGGCACGUUCUUUUCCUCGCCGACCGGUGCCGACCCAACCCGACGACGGCGCCAUGGUGGCGAGCGACUUGUCACAGAGUCAGGUCGCCAUCUACGCGUGUGUGUCUGUGGCGCUGAUCAUGCUAUCGGGGCUGGUGAGCGGCCUCACGCUGGGGCUGCUGUCGCUGGACAAGCUGGACCUGGAGGUGGUGAAGCGCAGUGGCAGCAGCACGCACCGGCGGUGGGCGGCGCGGGUCAUCCCCCUGGUCGCCAACCCGCACAUGCUGCUGGUGUCGCUGGUGCUCAUCAACGCCGCCUGCAACACCUCGCUUCCCAUCUUCCUUGACAACCUGGUCACGCCCGGAGUGGCCAUUGUGCUGUCCACUACCGCUGUGCUCAUCUUUGGAGAGAUUGUGCCACAAGCAGUGUGUGCCAGGCACGGCAUUGCGAUUGGCGGGGCGCUGAGCUGGGUGGUUCGCUUCAUUGUGUUUGUGACGAGCCCCAUCAGCUGGCCGAUUGGCAAGCUGCUGGACUGGGUGUUGGGCCCUCAUGAGGCGGGGCUGCACGGCCGCCGCCAGCUCAAGGCGCUGGUGGCGCUGCACGGCAAGCAUGAGGGGCUGGGGGGCCGCCUCAGCCAGGACGAGACCAAGAUCAUCCGCGGCGUGCUGGACCUGCAUGGCAAGGACGCCGCCGCCGCCAUGACGCCGUUGGACCGCGUGUUCGCGCUGCACGCGGACGCAGUGCUGGACAGGCGCACGCUGGCUGCAGUGCUGCGCACGGGGCGCAGCCGUGUGCCCGUGUGGCGGCGCGGUGAGAGCGGCUACCCGGAGUUUCUGGGCGUCAUGCUGAUUAAGGAGGUGCUGCAAAAGGUGGACCCGUCAGCGGGCGUGCGCGCCGGCGACGCACCGCUCCGCCCGCUGCCGCACUACGGCGCCCGCACCUCGCUGUUCGACCUGCUGCGCUUCUUCUCCAGCGGCCGCUCCCACAUGGCCGUGCUCACGGCGCCGCCGCACCAGGUGGCGGCGCUGCUGCGGAGGGCGCGCUCCUGCCCCUCUGCCAGCAGCACACGGGGCAGCGAUGAGAGCAGCAGCAGCAGCAGUAGUGGCAGCAGUAGUGGCAGCAGUAGUGGGUCGGAACGGCAUGACGGCAGCAGUAGCAGCAGUAGCAGCGGCAGUAGCAAUUCGACCGGGGACAGCAGUAGUAGCAGCAGCAGCUCCACUGACAGUGACAGCGAAAGUGAGGGUGGCAGAGGCUCGCGGCGGCGGCGGCGUCGCCGGCGCCGCCGCCGGUCCAGUAGCAGCAGCCGCAGCAGCCCCAGCAUCGCUAGUCAUGACACCACCGCCACCGGGCGGACAGGUGCGGCGCCCGCGAACAGGCAGGGCUGGCUCAGCCGAGUCAGCCGAGCCACUGGCGGUGGCGGCGGCAGCACGAGGUUGAGCAUGGCGCGCGGCUCCGACGCCGGACAGACGCCAUCGCAGCCGCCACAGCCGCUGCCUCCGCCACCCGCCAGCGUGUCGCGGCCGUGGCGUGUGGCUGAGAAGCGCAUGCGGGCAGUGUUGCGGUUCAUGGCGCCCGGGCGCCGCAACAAACACCACCAUCACCAUCGCCACCGGCACAGUCACAGCCACAGCUCCGCGCACCCGGGGACGGGCGGUGCGGGAGCCAGCGAGCCGGGGGCCAGCGUGGCGGAUGUGGAGACGGGGCUGGGGCACGCCGCAGCAGACCAAGACCAGCCCCAGCUGCCGGCGGCCUUGGCGGCCUCAACGCACAGCGGCCCCACGCCGGCGGCGCUGAAAGCGGCGCCGUCCAUUAGCUCGAUAGAGCUGGUGCAGAACUGGCGGCAGGCGCAGCGACUUGACUCCCUGCAGGAGCUGGCGUCGCCGCAACGGGAGGGCAGGUGCCACUCCACUGGCAGCGCCUCCACAGCCGUGGGGCCGCCCGGUGACGGCCUGAGUGGGAGCGAGGUAGGAGAGCUGGCGGCGGCGGCGGGUGUGAGCACUGGAGCGAUCACAGCAGCAGUGGCGCCGGCGACGCCGCCAGCAGCUGUGGCGGUGGCAGCGGCGGCGACGGCGGGGGACCUGGCCGUGCAGCAACUGACGCGGACGGCGGCGGCGGCGAUUUUGCGGGAGCGGGAGAGCCCGGUGGACACGCCACGGGUGGUGCUGUCUGAGCUCUCAUCACCUGCAAAGCCGCGGGGGCUGGGCACGGCCGCCGGGUCUCCCACGGGCAGUCAGCAGGGUGCGGCCUUGCCGCGGCAGUCGACAGGGCGGUCGUCGACUCAGGGUGAUGCGGCCGCGCAAGGGAUGGGUGAGCACCGCGCGGCCGCAGCGCAUGCACGGCCGCGCAUGCGCCACCACUACCGCAGUGGCAGUGAAGGGGGCAGCGGCAGCGGCCUGGGCCGAGCAGCCCAGGCGGCCACGCCCGCAGUCAUGCACAUGCACCACCGGCGCAUCACGGCGGCAGCACUGCCUGGGGGCAGCACCAGCACCACCACGGCGGAUGCUGCAGCUGCUGCUGCUGCUGCUGCUGCCGGCGCCCCUGGUGCUGCCGGCGCCCCUGGUGCUGCCGGCGCCCCUGGUGCUGCUGGCGCUCCCGCCACACGGCAGCGCACCUCCCCUGCCGCGGCAAUGCACAGACACGCCACGUCAGCCACCUACUCCCAGCUGCGCAGCCUGCGGGCGUACGGCGCCCACGGCGGUCUGUGGCAAACGCUGCAGCACCCACAGCCGCCGCCGCAGCCUGUGCCACAGCCACAUCCGCUGCCACAGCAGCGCCCGGAGCACGACCCGGCAGCUGCUGAGAUGCGCACCAAGGGCGCCUCUGCGCGCCCCGACGGAGCUGCGGCUGCAAACGGUGUGGCGGGGACGGGCUGGGGCACCAUGGCUCGCGUCUCCCGGCGGUCCGGCCUGGCAACGAUCUCCUGCCCUGCCCUCGCAUCGCCGCCCGCGGGGCCCUGGGAUGACGAGCAGCUGCCGUCUGUUGCCGGUGGCGGUGGCGGUGGCGCCGGUGGCGGUGGCGGUGGCGGAAGCGGUCGUGUGGCGGCUAUGCGUGUGCCUGUGGGCAUCAUCACUCUGGAGGACGUGAUUGAGGAGCUUGUGCAGGAGGAGAUCCUGGAUGAGACGGACCCGGCGGACCCAGCCGCCGGUGAGGCCCCGGAGCCCCUGCCUACGCGCUCGUAGCGGCUGCCAUCUGGCCUGGCAGCUGACACAGGCAGACGUGAGAGUAACUACGGCAGUCACAUAAAAACAGUGCUGCCAUGUGACAUGCAAAAAUGGAUAAAGCAGAAGAAAUUGCGUGUGCAGCUUUGAUGAGACCUAGGGUGGAAGGGAUAUGGCUUGUGUGUGUGUCUGUGCGGCAGGACAAGGCAAGUGAAGCGAGCCGAAUCGAG